AUGGACGACCCCCUCCUGCAGGGUGCGCGGGCCCUUCAGGCGUCGAUUGCGGGCGAGGGACUCCGGCUCCCACCCGUGUCGCGCUCGCUCCAGCAGAUCGAGGACGAGACCCGCGCGCUGGCUUCGGUUGCCGCUCGUGCGCCGGCGGCGACGGCGAUGGCCUACCGCUUCCUCGCACAGCAGGGGAUAGACGCCGAUGGGCUCGACGCCGCGACGCUCGACAUGGCGGUCGACGAGGCCUCGGCCGACCUACCCGCCUUUGGCGGCGGAGCCGACGCCACCGCUGUGGAUGCGCCCGCAUGCGACGUCGACAGCCUGCUCGCGCGUGAGCAGUGCCGUGCACUGGUUGAGUCGGUCCGUCGCGCGGGCGAGCUGGUGACGGCGCGGUACGACGCGGCCUACUGGUCCAGUUUCGAGGAGGCGUGGGGCGGCACGCGCGAGCAGCUGCUGCGCGACGCGUCUGCUCUCGGCGCGCCGCCGCCCGCGGUGCCGCCCACCGUCGCCCAACCGGGGGCGGCGGCGGCAGCCGCCGCGCCCAUGCGCUCCCGCUCCGACACGGCGCGCGAGCUGGCGUACGGCGGGACGGCCCGCCCCCUCCUUCACCCCGGCGGCGGCUCUCGGGCGCUGCCCGCCGACGAGGGCCCCUAUCGCAGCACCGACGCCGCCCUCCGCCUCUCGCUGCUGCGCGGCGCCCUCAGCCACUUUGGAGAGCAAGCGCGCGACGAGCUUCGAGCCCGCGUCGCGGCAUCGGCCGGCGCGGCGCGCCGUGGCGGUGAGCCAGGGAUCGAGUUUGAGGCCGCCGCCGCAUUGCGCCUCGAGCGCGGCCUCGACGCCCCGACGGCGCAGCCACCGCCGCAGCGCGUCACCCUCGCCGGCGGCGACGACGCGCCCUUCUGGCCGCUGCUCUACCUCUGCUUGCGCUGCGCCGAUUACGCCGCUGCGGCGCGCGUGUCCGCCGCGGCGGCGGCCGAGGGCGCCGUUCCGCCGCGGCUCUCUGCGCUGCUCGCCGCGGCCGCGGCGGACGGCUCGGCGACGGCCGGCGCCGGUGUGUCCGGCGGCGGCAUGUCGCGGCUCGUCCUCGCCGCCCAAGAAGAGUACUGGCGCGGCGCGGCGCAGAUGGAGCCGCAUGCGCGGCUCGUCUACGCGUCCGUCGCGGCGCCCGACGCGGCGAUCUCUGCUCGUGAGAUUGCGCCCGAGCGGGAGCGGACGGUCGAGGACUGGCUGUGGCACAAGCUCUCCGCGGCGCACGCCCUCCUCGCUGCCAGCCUGCCGCCUCCCGCGUCCGCGGGCGGCCACCCGCCGGCAGGCGGCUCGCAAGACGCGCUCGGCUCGCUGCAGCGUCUGGUGUACGGAUCGUACGGCGAGACCUACUUCAACGCCGGGGGCGGCUCGCCGCUGCUGUACGCGGGCGUCCUCCUCGCCACGCAGCAGUUCGAGCGGGCGGUGGCGGUGCUCGCCGCCGUGCCGCACUUGCGCCAAGAGGCGGUGCAUUUCGGACUCGCGCUGCAGCACGAGGGGUUGCUCGCGGUGGCGCAGCAGAAGCUCGCCGACAGCUCCCUCCUCGUUGGGACAUCACCCUCGCCCUCCCUCGCCUUGCCGCCCCUCGUCGCACAGCACGUGGGCGAAUGGGCCUCCGAGGGCGUCGACGCUUCGCGCGCUGCUAUUGGGUACCUGUGGCUCCUCCGUGGGCCUGCGGCGCAACGGCAGGAGCUGUGCAUCCAGCUCCUCCUCGGCUGUGGCAAGCCCGAGGCGCUGCUGCCGCGCAGCGGCCUCUCGCACAUCGCAGAGGCCGACUACCGAGAGCUGCUGCGCGCGGCGCGGCUCUGCGCCGACGCUGCCGCCUUUGCCCGGGAGUGGCGCGAAUCGCACCCGCAGGAGGCGUCGGCGCACGGGGCGCCCCUCUUCGCCCUCCUCUCAAUCGCGCAGCUGCUCGAGGGCGCGGAGGCGUGGCGGGCUGCAUCCAAGGGACUACCCGCCGCCGGCCCACGCGGGGCCACCGAUGCGAUCGCGAUGC